CGGUCAGGAGGCCGCGCCCGCUACCCGGUCGCUGUGCUCGUGCUGCCGGAGGCCCGGCGCGGACCUCUCGCGUGGGGCCGCGCAGGACCUCAGGAGGGCUGGGGCGCCCAGGGGCCGGCCGCCGAGCACCACUGCAGGACCACGGGUGGGCGGGCUGAGGGGCGGAGGAGCCGCGGGCCCCGCCUCCCGCGUGCUGCAGCGGGAGCCGCCACCGCCGCGGCCCCGGCGAGGCUUUAAACAGCGGGGCCCGCCCCGCGCUCGCUGCACUCGCGCGCUGACUCGGCUGCCAGCGCUGUUCGUGCCGGCCCGGCGGGGCUAGCGGCGGAGAGCGGGCGGCGGCGAGAGCGACUCCCUCAUCUGACGUUGCGGCCGCGGCCACCGCCGGCCAGGGGCGCGGAAGGCGUGCAGCCCGCGACGUCCGCCAGGCUCUACGGGUCCUCCGGGGGUCGGGCAGCGAUGGAGCCGAGGCCUACGGCGCCCUCCUCCGGCGCCCGGAGGCUGGCCGGGGUCGGGGAGACGCCGCCAGCCGCUGCGCUGGCUGACUCCGGGGUGGACCUGCCCGGCACGGCUGUGCCCUCGAUGUCGGAGGAUGCUGCGGCCGCUAGCCUGGGCGGCGGCGGGGUCCGCAAUGAGGGCUCCGCGGCGGCCGGGGACGGGCUGGGCAGACCCCUGGGGCCCACACCGAGCCAGAGCCGCUUCCAGGUGGACCUGGUUUCUGAGAACGCUGGGCGGGCUGCCGCGGCGGCGGCGGCGGCGGCAGCGUCCGGGAGCAAGGAGACCCCCACCGGCGGGAAAGCCAGCGGCGAAAGCGGGCCGGCCAAAGGCAGCGAGGAAGCCAAGGGCCGCUUCCGUGUGAACUUCGUGGACCCGGCUGAUUCCUCGGCGAACGACAGCCUGUCGGAUCCGGCGGGGGUCGGAGGCGAGGGGCCCAACGUGAGCUUCCAGAACGGCGGAGACACCGUGCUGAGCGAGGGCAGCAGCCUGCACUCGGGCGGCGGCGGCGGCAGCGGGCACCACCAGCACUACUACUAUGACACCCACACCAACACCUACUACCUGCGCACCUUUGGGCACAACACCAUGGACGCCGUGCCCAGGAUCGACCACUACCGACACACAGCAGCGCAGCUGGGCGAGAAGUUGCUCCGGCCCAGCCUAGCGGAACUCCACGAUGAGCUGGAAAAGGAACCUUUUGAGGAUGGCUUUGCAAAUGGGGAAGAAAGUACUCCCACCAGAGAUGCUGUGGUCACGUAUACGGCGGAAAGUAAAGGAGUCGUGAAGUUCGGCUGGAUCAAGGGUGUAUUAGUACGUUGUAUGUUAAACAUCUGGGGUGUGAUGCUCUUCAUUAGACUGUCAUGGAUUGUAGGUCAAGCUGGAAUAGGUCUGUCAGUCGUCGUAAUAAUGAUGGCCACUGUUGUGACAACGAUCACGGGACUGUCUACUUCUGCAAUAGCCACUAAUGGAUUUGUACGAGGAGGAGGAGCAUAUUACUUGAUAUCUAGAAGCCUAGGGCCAGAGUUUGGUGGUGCGAUUGGCCUCAUCUUCGCUUUUGCCAACGCUGUUGCAGUUGCUAUGUAUGUGGUUGGAUUUGCAGAAACUGUGGUGGAGUUGCUUAAGGAACAUUCCAUACUUAUGAUAGAUGAAAUCAAUGACAUCCGAAUUAUUGGAGCCAUUACAGUGGUGAUCCUUUUAGGUAUCUCAGUAGCUGGCAUGGAGUGGGAAGCAAAAGCUCAGAUUGUUCUUUUGGUGAUUCUGCUACUUGCCAUUGCUGAUUUCAUCAUCGGAACAUUUAUCCCAUUGGAGAGCAAGAAGCCCAAAGGUUUCUUUAGUUAUAAAUCUGAAAUAUUUAAUGAGAAUUUUGGACCAGAUUUUCGAGAUGAAGAGACUUUUUUUUCUGUCUUUGCCAUCUUUUUUCCUGCUGCAACUGGUAUUCUGGCUGGAGCAAAUAUCUCAGGUGAUCUUGCAGAUCCUCAGUCAGCCAUUCCCAAAGGAACACUCUUAGCCAUUUUAAUUACUACAGUGGUUUACACAGGAGUUGCAGUAUCUGUAGGUUCCUGUGUUGUUCGGGAUGCCACCGGGAACAUUAAUGACACUAUUGUAACAGAGCUAACAAACUGUACUUCUGCAGCCUGUAAAUUAAACUUUGACUUUUCUUCUUGUGAAAGCAGUACUUGUUCCUAUGGCCUAAUGAACAACUUCCAGGUAAUGAGCAUGGUGUCAGGAUUUGCACCAUUGAUUUCUGCAGGUAUCUUUUCAGCCACUCUUUCUUCUGCGUUAGCAUCCCUUGUGAGUGCUCCGAAAAUAUUUCAGGCUCUAUGUAAGGACAACAUCUACCCAGCUUUCCAGAUGUUUGCUAAAGGUUAUGGGAAAAACAAUGAACCUCUUCGUGGCUACAUCUUAACAUUCUUAAUCGCACUUGGAUUCAUCUUAAUUGCUGAACUGAAUGUUAUUGCUCCAAUUAUCUCUAACUUCUUCCUUGCAUCCUAUGCACUGAUCAAUUUUUCAGUAUUCCAUGCGUCACUUGCAAAAUCUCCAGGAUGGCGGCCAGCAUUCAAAUACUAUAACAUGUGGAUAUCACUCAUUGGAGCAAUUCUUUGUUGCAUAGUGAUGUUUGUCAUUAACUGGUGGGCUGCAUUGCUAACAUAUGUGAUAGUCCUGGGGCUGUAUAUUUAUGUUACCUACAAAAAACCAGAUGUGAACUGGGGAUCCUCGACACAAGCCCUGACCUACCUGAAUGCGCUGCAGCACUCGGUUCGCCUUUCUGGAGUAGAGGACCACGUGAAAAACUUCAGGCCACAGUGUCUUGUUAUGACAGGUGCUCCAAACUCACGCCCAGCUUUACUUCAUCUUGUUCAUGAUUUCACAAAAAAUGUUGGUUUGAUGAUCUGUGGUCAUGUACAUAUGGGCCCUCGUAGACAAGCCAUGAAAGAGAUGUCCAUUGACCAAAUUAAAUAUCAGCGCUGGCUUAUUAAAAACAAAAUGAAAGCCUUUUAUGCUCCUGUACAUGCGGAUGACUUGAGAGAAGGUGCACAGUAUUUGAUGCAGGCUGCUGGUCUUGGGCGUAUGAAACCAAACACACUUGUUCUUGGAUUUAAGAAAGAUUGGUUGCAAGCAGAUAUGAGGGAAAUGGAUAUGUAUAUAAACUUAUUCCAUGAUGCUUUUGACAUACAAUAUGGAGUAGUGGUUAUCCGCCUAAAAGAGGGUCUGGAUAUAUCUCAUCUUCAAGGACAAGAAGAAUUACUGUCAUCACAAGAGAAGUCUCCUGGUAUGAAGGAUGUGGUACUAAGUAUGGAGUAUAGUAAGAAAUCAGAUGUAGAUACUUCCAAACCAUCUGGUGAAAAAACCAUUACACAUAAAGAUGAGGAAGAGGAUGGCAAGACUCCAACUCAACCACUGUUGAAAAAAGAAUCCAAAGGCCCUGCUGUGCCUUUAAAUGUAGCUGACCAAAAGCUUCUUGAGGCCAGUACACAGUUUCAGAAAAAACAAGGAAAGAAUACUAUUGACGUCUGGUGGCUUUUUGAUGAUGGAGGUUUGACCUUAUUGAUACCUUAUCUUCUGACUACCAAGAAAAAGUGGAAAGAUUGUAAGAUCAGAGUAUUCAUUGGUGGAAAAAUAAACAGAAUAGACCAUGACCGGAGAGCAAUGGCUACUUUGCUUAGCAAGUUCCGGAUAGAUUUCUCCGAUAUCAUGGUCCUGGGAGAUAUUAAUACUAAACCAAAGAAAGAAAAUAUUGUAGCUUUUGAUGAAAUGAUUGAGCCAUACAGACUUCAUGAAGACGAUAAAGAACAAGACAUUGCAGAUAAAAUGAAAGAGGAUGAACCAUGGCGAAUAACAGAUAAUGAGCUUGAACUUUAUAAGACCAAGACACACCGGCAGAUCAGGUUAAAUGAAUUAUUAAAGGAACAUUCAAGCACUGCUAAUAUCAUUGUCAUGAGUCUCCCAGUUGCACGAAAAGGUGCUGUGUCUAGUGCUCUCUACAUGGCAUGGUUAGAAGCUCUCUCUAGGGACCUACCACCAAUUCUCCUAGUCCGUGGGAACCAUCAGAGCGUCCUUACCUUCUAUUCCUAAAUGUGCUACACAGUGGGCAGCCCUUCGGAUGGUACUUCAGUGCCUAGUGAAGUAACUGAAAUCUUCAGUGACAUGUUAACAUCACAAUAGCGAACUGUGACUUUUCUUUCACUAUUUCAUUAAUUGGAAAGCACACCGGAAGUUGCUCCAUUGGUCUGUGCAUCGAGACUUCAGUUUUAGUCAAUAAUGUAUCUCAAUCUUAAUGAUUCCUUGUUGGACUGAAGCUCAUGAGCAUGAAGUUUUCCUUUGCUACUUGAAUAGCAAUAAAAGUGUGUUAUUUUUUGAUUGAUGAAAAGAGUACAAAAAGCCUUUAGCCUUGAGGUGCCUUCUGAAAAAUAACCAAAUUUCAUCCAUAUACCCUCUUUUAUAAAUUUAUAGAAUGUCAGACUUUGCCUUCAGCUAUUUUUAUUUCUAGUCUCUUCCACCUUAAAAUGGACACUGCUUUUCUUCCAUUGACCAAUUAGUGUUGAGUACUGUAUGUUUUCUAUCAUUUUUGUAAAGGUAUAUGUUAGAUUUUAAAGGUGAGAAUUAGGGCAUGUUAAUGAAAAAUGCAAUAAAAAAAAAAAUGGGAACCAAAAAGUGACCCUAAGUUUAAGUUUGUAUGAGUAUGUAUAAAUGUAGAUCUAGGGAAAAAAGGCCCAAUAAACCUUUUUGUUGUUGUUGUUAAACUUC